AUGCAUGUGGCGGUAUGCAUUGCCACGGCUUCCGACAAAAAUUCUGUCAAAACAUCUGGUGUUUCUUUUUCUUUUUUGCGUCAAGUCACGCACCUACACGCCCACGGCGCUACACUUCCCAUCCUCUCCCCAAUUCUUAUCCUCUUCUUGAUGUUCAUACUUGUGUAUUCGAAGUGCUUCUGGUACAAAUUUGUGUGA